GUGCUUUGCACGACGGGAAUAAAUACCAUUCUUCUAGACUUCAGUAACUGAAAGCCGAAUAGACGGGGAAUUGACUACACACAGCAGUGAGACUCAACCAUGACUGGGCUCACUCGGCUUAACAUGAUGGAGCAUAUUCAUCUUGCUGGAGAAGAAGAAGAGGAUAUUUAUGGAGGUUUUAAUGAAUACAGUGCUGCUCUGGAUACAGAUGAUCUUGCCCAUGAUGAGGUUUUCCAAAAGGCAGUCUUAAGAACAAGUCAUGGAAGACGACCACCACCAACAGCAGCAAGGGGUGGCAUGGCCAUGGGAGGAGGCAUUGGGGGGAUGGCACCUGGUGGAAGACUAGGGACUGCUGCUCGAAUGGGAACAGCUGCCAGAGGACGAAUGGGGCUGCCAUCAUCUUUAGGCAGACCCAUCACUGGGAAUAUAGAUGGAGAGGGUGCCCCUAGACCUAUGACAGCAGUCCGUGCAGCUGGUUUUACCACAGCUGGAGGGAGGGGCGUAGGAUUUGACCCCAUGAAUCAGGCAGGCAAAGGUCCAGCUCCACCACUGGCCCCCAAACCAGAGGACAGUCCUGAGGAAAAGAUACGGCAGCUGGAGAAAAAGGUCAAUGAGCUGAUUGAGGAGAGUUGCUUUGCCAACAGUAGAGGAGAGUUACAAUUGGCACUGGAAAAGGCCAAAGAAGCGGGUCGCAAAGAGCGAGUACUUGUUCGCCAGCGUGAGCAGCAGUCCAUGGGUGAGCAAAUCAACCUGGACCUUACAUACUCAGUGCUUUUUAACCUGGCCAAUCAGUAUGCUGCCAACGAGAUGUAUGCAGAGGCCCUCAACACCUACCAGGUCAUUGUGAAGAACAAGAUGUUCAGCAAUGCAGGGCGUCUGAAAGUGAAUAUGGGAAACAUAUAUUUCAAGCAGAAGAACUACCCUAAGGCCAUAAAAUUUUAUCGUAUGGCCUUAGAUCAGGUUCCUAACACUCACAAAGAGAUGAGAAUGAAGAUCAUGCAGAAUAUUGGCAUUGUGUUUGUCAAGAUGGGACAGUACAAUGAUGCUAUUACCUCUUUUGAGCACAUUAUGUCUGAGUCACCAAAUUUCAAAACUGGCUUCAAUCUUAUUUUAUGCUACUUUGCUCUUGGUGAUCGGGAUAAGAUGCGGCGGGCUUUCCAGAAACUUCUGACAGUAGACCUCAAGCUGGAUGAUGAGGACAAAUACCUUGCCCAUGGGGACGAUAAGCAAUACAACUUGCUGCUUGAGGUGAUCAAAAAUGACUCCCUUCGCCAGAUUGAGAGAGAGAGGCAAUAUGAAGCAGAAAGAUGCAUCAAGUAUGCUGCUAAAAUAAUCUCUCCGGCCAUUGAGGGGUCUUUCUCUAUUGGCUAUGACUGGUGUAUAGAGCAGGUCAAGAAUUCUCAGUACUUGGAGCUAGCCCAUGACCUGGAGAUUGACAAAGCCAUUAUGUUCCUCAAGCAGAAGGACUUCCAGCAGGCUAUAGAAACACUCAAGUCCUUUGAAAAGAAGGAGUCCAAGGUUGCAAGUACCGCUGCUACCAACCUUUCUUUCUUGUAUUUCUUGCAUCGAGAGGAAGCUGACCUUGCUCAGGCCGACAAGUAUGCUGAGGUUGCUAUGGCUGCUGAUCGCUACAAUCCUGCAGCUCUUGUAAACAAAGGUAAUGUGCUCUUUGCACGCAAUGAAUUUGAGAAGGCAAGGGAAUUCUUUAAAGAGGCUUUGUCAAAUGACUCUUCAUGUGUUGAAGCCCUGUACAAUCUUGGCCUGUGUAACAAACGCCUUAGUCGUUUGGAAGAUGCACUUGACUGCUAUUACAAACUUCAUGCCAUUUUGAGAAGCAGUCCUCAAGUCAUGUACCAGAUUGCUGAUCUGCAUGAUCGGCUUGGAGAUUCAGCCCAAGCCACUGAAUGGUUCAUGCAGGUGAUAGGGGUGGUUCCAUCAGACCCUAGUGUUCUGGCCAGACUGGGAGAACUGUAUGAUAAUGAAGGGGACAAGUCCCAGGCUUUCCAGUACUACUAUGAUUCCUACCGACAUCUACCAUCAAACAUCCCUGUCAUUGAGUGGCUAGGUGCAUACUACAUAGAUUCUCAGUUCUGUGAGAAAGCUAUCCACUACUUUGAACGUGCAGCCAUUGUGCAACCAAACCAAGUGAAAUGGCACCUGAUGAUUGCCAGUUGCUACCGCCGCAGUGGCAACUACCACAAGGCUUUGGAGACUUACCAACACAUCCACAGAAAGUUUCCCGACAAUGUGGAAUGUCUCAAGUUCCUGGUACGACUGUGCACAGACUUAGGUUUAAAGGAAGCACAGGACUAUGCCAACAAACUGAAGAAGGCAGAGAAAGCAAAAGAACUGAAAGAGCAGAGAGCAACAAGUGGAACAAGAAGAGGAAGUGGCCGAGGUCGGCGUGAAGGCAGUGCUGGUAGUGAUCGCGAAGGGAGUGCAGGACCAGUUCAUUCUGCGAGUAAGGCAGGCCGUAGGAAACCCAACUUUGAGGAUGGCAAUGAUCGUCAGCCCUUCCAAUCAAGCCAGAAGCAGGAUAUUGAUGCCUCAUACAGUGAUCCUCUAGGUCCAGGCGAACGUCCUAAAACUGCUGCGAGACGUAAAGACCCUAACGAAGAUGAAUUUGGAGAUGAAGAAUUAGGCGAUGACCUCCUUCCAGAAUAGAUUUAAUGGCAACAUUUUUGGUUGUGAUGCACACAUGACUAGAACAAAAUGUAGCUAUAUUUGGUAACAGAUCGAAUCCAGCAACAGGCUAAGUAUUCAUGUGACUUCUGGACUUUGAAUCACUUUCUUCGAGUUAUUGUAUGCAUAUAUAUGUGGGUGAACACACACCAAUACAUGCACAAACGCACUAUAAAAAAAAACUAGAAACAAGACAAAAUCUAUUUUUAAAUACUCUAUUUAACACCAGCAGCAUAACAUUUGCACAAAAUUGUAGAUCAGAAACUUUAUUCUUUCUUCAGUCGCAAAACUGAUGAAAAAUGAGUUUAAUAAACUCUGCCAUCUGCAUAGGUGGCUAAAUUCUUUAAA